AUGUUAAAAACGCCUAGCUUUUGGGAAAAACAUAAAGACAACAUUUACAUAUUUGGUCAUAUUUAUGCCACACUCUACGGUUUGGUGGUCAUCAAUUAUAUACCAAAAAUAUCUACCAAGUCCCUUAAACACUAUGCUGCUGUAAUUUAUAGUCACAUCGUAAGCAUCUUUAUAAUUGUCAUAUUACCCAUUUAUUUUGCCUUCAACCUAAAUAAUUUAGUUGAGACCAAAGAUCGUCGUUGGCAGCUGCAGUUGCUGGUUAAUUUUUCCAAUACUCUUAUAAAAUAUUGUACAAUUAUUGUUACAUAUAUAGCGAAUUUUGUCCAUUACAAAGCUAUACGCUCCGUAACGAAACGCCGCCAACGCUUAGAGGAUGAUUUCAAUAAACGCUAUAAUGGUGCGGAAAUGCCGCGUAAACGUUUUGAAUUUAUGCUGCUCUUUAAAUUUGGUCUAAUUAACGCCAUGAUGGCGGUACAAAUAGCUCAGAUAUUAUAUCAAUAUUAUAUGGGUUCACAUCCAGUGCGUGUUUAUUUCCAAAUUUAUACCUUUAUACUGUGGAAUUAUACGGAAAAUAUGGCAGAUUACUUUUAUUUUAUCAAUUGUUCUGCCUUAAAAUUUAUACGCCAAUUACAGCAGCAGGUACAUGGCAUUUUAAGAGAAAAUAAAUUGUAUUAUUAUUUUAAAUUGCGCGGACAACGUCGAGGAACUCUUAAUCAUUUGUGCGGUUUACUGAGUGAUUGUUUGGAAUUUCUUUCUUUGAAAUAUCUGGACAUUUAUCAUUUAUAUGAGGACAGCGUUAAAAUGCAUCAGUUUCAAAUGUUGGGCCUAAUUUUAAACACCUUAAUUAGUAACUUAACUAACUUGUUUACGUUAUUUAAUUUGCUGUUUAAGCACUCGUCUAUGGCCGAUAAAAUACCCGAUAUUGUGUUAAACUUUGUAUUCGCCAUUAUAUUUUAUAUUGAUACGUAUAUUGUAACGUUAAUUAGUGAUAGAAUUAUUGUGGAAAUUAAGCGCACACAAGGUAUAAUGAGACAAUUCUCGCAGUUACCCAUGUUGGAUAAACGAUUAGAUGAGACGAGCGAAAAGUUUUCCUUAUUAUUACUGACAUACGAAGGUCGUUUUCGUAUUUGUGGUUUGUUUUAUUUGGAUCGCCAUUUAACAUAUUUAACAGCAGCCACUGGUUUUUCUUAUUUUAUAACACUUGUACAAUUCGAUAUAAAUUGGAGUAAUUUAAAAUAA